ACGAAUGUAAAUGAAAAAAUUACGAGGCAACAUUCAUUUAAUAAAAUGUCACAACAUUAUUGCGCUCAUUCGAACCUUUGUUGUCGUACGGUACUGCGUCGAACGUCGUGGCGCAGAAAAGCACAGCUUCCACCGCCUCUUCAUUUUCGCAGAUCGAUCCAACCCACUGACAAGCGUAAUCGAAAAUCUCGAGGUUAAAGUUACCUACGCUGGUGAUGCGUGUGAAAUAUUAGAAAGAAAUCUGAACGUGAACAUAUUUCAGUUCUUCGUGCGACAAAUUCUUCAUCGAGUGUGUAUUUCCUACUAGGAGACAGUAAAUUCUUUCGCAAGAAUCUAGCCUCUGUAACAUGUGAGACCAAAGAUCAGGCAAUAAUGGUCGUAUACAACUUCAUCUACUCGUUUGCAUAAUUAUUAGAUCUUAGAUAGUUAUCCAAGCAUUUUAAGAGACUGUAGAACCUCUUGAAUUUUGUAUCAGUAGAAAGUGUAACACGAAUUUUGGGGAAAUUAGUUCGUUUCAUUUUAUGUCGAGGAAUAUGUCGUUGAAAAGAUCCAUUAAAGUGAACUUGAAACAUGAUAUUUUUGUCCAGAGGAUCGUACAACCUUGUCUUUAUCGAUAGCAAAGCGGAUGAAGGGAAAAGAAUUGGAUAUUUUCAACGCGAAUAUAAGUGUGUAAUUGUUGAUUGAUAUGUGGACAAGCUGGUUUGGCGCAGAUUACAUUCACAAAGUGAGUAUGUCCAGAAGGAAACCUGGUGGUGACAGACAAUUCAACAACGUGGAUUAUACACAGCUUACAGAAACUGACAAUGGCUUUGUUGAUUCUCAGUUCGUGAAUCCACCUGUAAAAAUACCAUGGAAAGCAAUUACAUUAGCUGCUCUUCUUUUUGUUGGAGGUACUAUUAUGCUCAUCACAGGUAGUUUAAUUGUGAGUGGACAUAUCGAUUCAAAGUAUUCAGAUCGUAUGUGGCCAGUUAUUGUUUUAGGAAUUCUAAUGUUUAUACCAGGUGCUUAUCAUAUGAGAGUAGCUAUUUUAGCCUAUCAAAAGGUGCCAGGCUAUUCAUUUGAUGAUAUACCAGAGUUUGAUUAAUGAAACAAAACUUUUUUACUAAAUAGUUGAAGAUUCUACAUUAUUAUUGAUAUAUUAGGUAUUUAAUUUAUAUGAAUCUGUUUUAUAUAAAUUGUACAUAUCUUUUUCUUUAAGCAUGUAAGUAUUUAUAAUUCAUAUGACAGUAUAAUUUGGCAUUGUACUUAUAUGUUAAUUUUAUGCAAGUAUUGGAUUUAAUAUUGUGCAAAGCACAUAACUACUAUUGAAAAUAUCAAAAUUGAUAACAUUAUAACUACAAUAUAUGUUAUUUUUGUAUUAUC